GAAGACUUUUGGCCGCAUAUGAUGGAUCCCAAAUUGUUCUCUUUUUCUGUGGCACUGCCGACGGACAUUCAGUCCAGUUAUCCGUUCUCGAUGGUUAUGAUCCGGCGUACCCACUCAGUCUAUUGUUUGCUUUUCCCCAAAUGCGUAAUGGAACACCGAGCUCUGUGUCGCAUGUUGCUGGAGUCAGCUUAUUAGAUGGCAGCAUAUUUUGUUGGCGAGUAGAAUUUUCUGCUAUUACCCAUGCCGUCUCGGUUAAUCAAUGGGCCGGAGCAUAUUCUAAAUGCAACACAUAUCCACCUGACUGCAAUCCGCCCGUCCUCUUGACAUGCUCUUCCACGGGACGAAUUACAUAUUGGAGAUGCAAGUUAAGCGUCACGAAUAAGGCUGAAAGAGAGAAAGGCAAGUUGUGGGAAGAGAGUUACAGGCUCAAGAGUGAGGAUCAAGAAGGGAUAUGGAAGAUUAAGUGCGGGCCCGAAGACAAGGUUGCAUUAGUAAACAAAGCAAGAGAUAAGGUUAGCAUCUGGGAAGCUAUAACUCCUCGCUUGCCAUCGAUGAAGGAAUAUGUUAUAGAGUCAAGCGAGACGAUAAUCGAUGUCGAUUGGCUAUACACUUCGUGUGGAGGGCUCGUUUUGGCGGUUGCAUCUGCUCAGAAGAUAACAAUCUAUACACGACUCCGUAAGCUUGACACUCUAGUGCGAGAAUGCUGGAUCGCAUUAACUGAUAUUCAGAUACCACUUACGAUGUGUCGGUCGGUGUCAGCUAUUUCUUGGGCAAGCAGCGGAACGUUAGUAGUAGCAGCUGGUAAUCAAAUGAGAUGUUAUUGCAAGUGGAUGAAUGCAACAAAACUUCGCCAAGUCUCCAGGAUGACCGGGAUCAAUGAAAAGCUUCCUACUGUAUUUCAUGCCGUUAGUCAUGUGAACGGGCCGCUGCCUCAUCAUCAUCCGAGC